AUGCACGGACCUCCAGAACCUGUGACACCACUGUUCCAUGUAGAUAAGAAGAGGAAUCAUGUUCCUGUGGAGGAGCAGUCGUCCUGCUGUGCUGUGUGUCAGGAGGUUCUGAAAGAUCCAGUCUCUAGCAGCUGUGGACACUGGUUCUGCAGACAGUGCUUCACCUCAUACUGGGACCCGUCUGGACCAUCAGGAGACUCUCCCUGUCCUCAGUGUGUGAAACAAUCCAGAACCAGCACCGUCCAAAAACUAGUGGGUCUUGUAGUUCAGUCUCUGUUGUUUCUUCUUCUUUCAGCAGAUGUUGCUCUGCAGGAGGCUGUAGUUGAACACAAGCUCAGUCUGAGAAGCAGAUGUGAACGUGUGACUGAAGGAGGUGAAACAGGAAGUGGAGUCCUCCUCACCAGCAUCUACACUGAGCUCUACAUCACAGAGGGACAGAGUGAAGAGGUGAACACCCAACAUGAGGUGAGGCAGCUGGAGACAGCUUCCAAGAAGACCCUCCAUGAGGCUCCCAUCAAGGUCCACCACAUCUUUAAAGCCUCCUCUGACCCACACAGACCCAUCAGACUGGUUCUGACCAACGGCGUCGCUGGCGUUGGAAAAACCUUCUCGGUGCAGAAGUUUACUCUGGACUGGGCCGAGGGCCGGGAAAACCCAGACGUCCGUGUUGUGGUUCUGCUGUCGUUCAGGGAGCUGAACCUGAUCAGAGAUCAGCAGCACAGUCUUCUCACGCUGCUCCAUGUUUUCCAUCCAAAGCUCCAGAAGGUCCCAGCAGAUCAGCUCACUGUCCUGAAGCUUCUGUUCAUCUUUGACGGCCUGGAUGAAAGCAGACUCUCACUGGACUUCAGCCACAGGAAGGUUGUGUCUGACGUCACACACAAGUCAUCGGUCAACGUGCUGCUGACCAACCUCAUCCAGGGGAACCUGCUUCCCUCGGCUCUGGUCUGGAUCACUUCCCGACCCGCAGCGGCCCAUCGGAUCCCUCCUACAUGUGUGGACAGGGUCACUGAAGUACGAGGCUUCACCGACGCCCAGAAGGACGAGUUUUUCAGGAGGAGAUCCAGCCACGAGCAGCUGUCCAGCAGAAUCAUCUCACACGUCAAGACGUCCAAGAGCCUCCACAUCAUGUGUCAGAUCCCAGUGUUCUGCUGGAUCACUGCUACGGUUCUGGAGCACAUGUUGACUACAGAGCAGAGAGGAGAGCUGCCCAAGACCCUGACGGACCUGUACUCACACUUCCUGCUGGUCCUGACCCAGAGGAAGAGGAACAAGUACCAUGAGGGACAUGAGACCAGUCCACAGGAGCUGACGGAGGCUGACAGGGAAGUUCUCCUGAAGCUGGGGAGGCUGGCGUUCAAACAUCUGGAGGAAGGAACCAUCAUGUUCUACCAAGAAGACCUGGAGCAGUGUGGUCUAGACGUCACAGAGGCCUUGGUUCACUCCGGAGUCUGUACAGAGAUCUUCAGGAGAGAGAGUGUGAUCUUCCACAAAACAGUCUACUGCUUUGUUCAUCUGAGUGUUCAGGAGUUUCUGGCUGCUGUUCACAUGAUGCACUGUUACACCAACGAGAAGAAGGACGAACUGGAGAAGUUCCUAAAAGAAUCCAAACAUAGAGAAUCAAUCUUUACAAAGAUCAAACAGUUGUUUGUAUGUAAAACAAAUCAACACAGUGAUGAGCUUCAUCCUAAAACUCUAUCUCUGGAUGAGUUCAUGUAUAGAACCAUGUCUAAAUCCUUCCAAAGUCCAAGUGGCCACCUGGACCUGUUUGUUCGCUUUCUUCAUGGCCUCUGUCUGGAGUCCAAGCAGAGAAUCUUAGGAGGUUUGCUGGGUCACACAGAGAACAGUCCAGAAACCAUCCAGACAAUCAUCAACAACCUGAAGGAGAUGAAGAAUGAUAAAAUCUCUCCAGACAGAAGCAUCAACACCUUCCACUGUCUGAUGGAGAUGAACGACCACUCAGUCCAUCAGCAGAUCCAAGAGUUCCUGAAGUCAGAGAACAGAUCAGAGAAGGAACUCUCUCUGAUCCAGUGCUCAGCUCUGGCCUACAUGCUGCAGAUGUCAGGGGAGGUUCUGGAUGAGUUGGAUCUGAACCAGUACAACACAUCACUGGAGGGACGACGGAGACUGAUCCCAGCAUUGAGGAACUGCAGAAAGGCUCAACUUUCUUGGUGUGGACUCUCUGAGACUUACUGUGAAGUUGUGGCCUCAGCUCUGAAGUCCAACCCGUCACAUCUGACACAUCUGGACCUGAGUCACAACAACCUGCAGGACUCAGUGGAGGUUCUGUGUGCUGGACUGGAGAGUCCUCACUGUCGACUGGAGACUCUGAGGUCAGUGUUUUUCGUGGUUCAUGUCUCAGUGGCAGUUUUUCAAUUGAGUUGUUGCAGUUUUUCAGAGAUCAGCUGUGAUUCACUGGGUUCAGCUCUGAAGUCUAACCUGUCACAUCUGACAGAACUGGACCUGAGCUGGAACGAGCUGAAGGAUUCAGGAGUGAAGCAUCUGUGUGGUUUUCUGGAGAGUCGUCACUGUCGACUGGAGACUCUGAGAUUGAAGAGCUGCAGUUUGUCAGAGAUCAGUUGUGAUUCUCUGGCCUCAGCUCUAAAGUCCAACCCAUCCCAUCUGACAGAACUGGACCUGAGCUGGAACGAGCUGCAGAAUUCAGGAGUGAAGCAUCUCUGUCGUUUUCUGGAGAGUCGUGACUGUCGACUGGAGACUCUGAGAUUCAGUUGGUGCAGUUUGUCAGAGAUCAGCUGUGAUUCUCUGGUCUCAGCUCUGAAGUCCAACCCGUCCCAUCUGAAACAACUGGACCUGAGUCUUAACAAACUGCAGGAUUCAGGAGUGAAGCAUCUGUGUGGUUUUCUGGAGAGUCGUCACUGUCGACUGGAGACUCUGAGAUUAAGUUGCUGCAGUUUGUCAGAGAUCAGCUGUGAUUCUCUGGGUUCAGCUCUGAAGUCCAACCUGUCACAUGUGAGAGAACUGGACCUGAGUGACAACGACCUGCAGGAUUCAGGAGUGAAGCAUCUGUGUGGUUUUCUGGAGAGUCUUCACUGUCAACUGGAGUCUCUGAGGUCAGACUCCAUGUUUUAGUUCUGUGUGAGCUUAAUGUGAUGUGAACUGUAGCAGGUUUAUCAUGAGGUCAAAUCACCUUCAGGACUGAUCACAUUUAACUGUUCA